CGGGGAUCUGGUCCGCCUUGGCGGCGGGGUGUUAAACGGCGAGCUGCCGGCGACGCCACAGUCUCCUGCCUCUCGGGGAAACAGGGCGGCACCGCCGGGGAAUGCGAUGGAGCUAAGAAAGCGGGCUGUUCUUUGCUGGAAUUGCCGUGGAACACGAGCCCAGAGCACCUGGGUGAGCGAGGGAAAGAGCACCGUUCACUGGCUAGGGCUGUACUGUACACGAACACCGCAAUGUGCCCCCCGCCGCAGUUUGAUGCAGGGGCCUGUCGUGUGAACUAACGGAGCGGCUAAUGUACCGGGACUUCUAACUGCCGCCACCAGCUGCUUCCAUCACAGUGCAUCCCGAAGACAUUAGCCCGCCGGUGACGCCUGCUCGGGGAGAUCUGCAAGAGCAAGCAAUGAGGUCAUCCAGAAAUCAGAUCACACGUUUCUGCUCCACAACGCGUUGGAAUUUUACCCAAGAUUGCGCUGGCUGCAUUGGGUCUUAUGAUGCAGUGAACCCUACCGCUGUUUUCCUACACCUAGAAUUGUAUUAAAGCACUGGAAUGUUUGCCUGCAACUCUGAUGGCCCUUGACACCUUUGAUGUCGUACCCGCAGAUGCCAACCAAGCAGUCGCUGAGUACGUCUGUGUGCAGGGAGUCACACUGGAAGUGUCUGAUCCUCUCGCUCCUAAUGUAUGGCUGCCUGGGGGCCGUGGCCUGGUGCCAGCUAACUCGGGUCACCAAGCUCAGCUUUGACAGCUCCCUGAAGGGCAAAUCCAUGAUCUACCAUGACAGCCCCUGCUCCAACGGUUACGUGUACAUCCCGCUGGCCUUCCUGGCGAUGCUCUACAUGGUCUACCUGGUGGAGUGCUGGCACUGCCACGCCCGCAGCGAGCUGCAGUACAAGGCGGACAUCGACAGCGUGUACGAGCGCAUCGGCCGCAUGCAGCGGGCCACCCCCUGCAUCUGGUGGAAGGCCAUCAGCUACCACUUCGUCCGCCGCACCCGCCAGGUCACCCGCUACCGCAACGGCGACGCCUACACCACCACCCAGGUCUACCACGAGCGGGUCAACACACACGUGGCCGAGGCCGAGUUCGAGUACGGCCGCUGCGGUGUGCGCGACGUCUCCAAGCAGCUGCUGGGCCUGGAGCGCCACCCGGCCACCCGGCUCCGCUUCACCAAGUGCUUCAGCUUCGCCAACACCGAGUCGGAGAACUGCUACCUGAACCAGCGGGCGCACUUCUUCAGCGAGGUCGAGGGGCUUGACGAUUACAUGGAGGCCCGCGAGGGCAUGCAGCUUAAGAAUGUGGACUUCAAGGACUACAUGAUGGUGUACGCCAAUCCCGACCGCCUACCCUGGUACAUCACCCACUACGCCUUCUGGGCGGCUGGCCUACUGAUGCUGUCGUGGCCCCUCCGGGUCCUGGUCGAGUACCAGACUGCCUAUGUGCAUUACCAUGUGGAGAAGCUCUUCGGCCUGGAAUACACGGCAGCCACUCCGAGUGACGAGGUGGGACUGUGCUCGCCCGUGGCCCGGGUGGGCACGGUGGACAGCACCGAGCUGGAGUGGCACAUCCGUAGCAACCGCCAGCUCAUCCCCAGCUACUCGGAGGCCGUGCUGAUGGACCUGGCCUCGCUCUCCAUCUGCAACGGCUACUCGACCUGCGGCAUCGUGCGCACCGACUGCGACGGCCGCUCCAGCAGCUCCUCCAUCUUCUCCCGCAACGUGGGCCGCAGCCACUCGCGCUUCUCGCUGGACACCAGCCGCUUCUCGCUGUGCCGGGUGCACGGUUCCGGCCGCACGGGCCUGUGGCGGAGCCGCAGCAGCAACCUCAACGAGCGCUCCCGCGAUGACCAGUGCCGCUCCUACUCCAGCCAGCUGGCCAUCAGCGACAGCCCACCCAACUACCACGACGCCCGCUUCUUUCCCGUGCUCAUUGUCCACCGUUCCUGCCAGGGCCGGGACGGGGACGGGCACAGGUAUUAUAUCCGACGGAACUCCUGCCUGGAAACAUCCUUGUGACCCCCCCCCACCCCGCCCCCGCACUUGGUCCUGUCCAGAUACACCUCCCACUCCUCAUCUCUGUAACCUCCUGUACCUUUGUCCUCUGGGAUCACAGCACUUCUCCUGUUCUCUUCUGCUUGAGCUCCCAAGUUCUGGGAUCUUCUUUCCAAACCUCUCUUCACCACAUUCUUCCCAAUUUCACGGUCACCUCCCCUCCUGUCUACAAACCCUCUCAUAUUCAAAACGUGCUACGUUGUUUACCAGCACAAGCCGAGGAAGAUUUCUCCCCCUCCCUCAGCAGUGACCCCCCCGUGGGGUUGGUCAGUGCCAGAUUUGUGGUUUGUGCCCCCUCGUGGUUAGGGUUCUACCACAGAUUUAAACCCCCAAAUGAACUACAAGCCUGGGAGAACAUCUUGAAUUUCUUUCAGAAGUAGUCAAGUGCUGACUCCCAAAAGGUUGCAGCAGGAGUUUUCUGGUUAAAAUCGUUUCAGCAAUACACGGGGGAAGAGAAGGAUAAGCUCAUUUGCAGACUUGUUGUAUUUGUGUUACUACAGUCAGAGGAACUGAGAGAUUUGAUCUAAGUGGACGGACAACUUGCAAGACUCAACCACAUACGUUCAAACAAGCAGUCUACUUUUGGUUUGACUUUAAUGUAGAUCCUGCCAAACAUCCUGGCCCUGGACACUCAAUCUAAAGUGUGGGUGGUGUAAAACUGAACACAGAUAAGCUAAU